AUGGCUUCAGAAACAUCAACGAAAAUCGAGGUCCAACUCGAGUUGACCGAAGUGGAGACUAAGCUUCGUCAACUGCUGUUGGACGUAGCUGCCUACAUUGACGAGCAGCCCACCUCAAAGGCAACUGCGGUGGAGGCACCGGAGAGCCUUGCAAACGAGAAGAUCGUAUUACGGUGGACAGGAGGAUGGGUGCGUGACAAACUGUUGAAAGUGGGAAGCCACGACAUUGAUCUUGCCAUCAACAAAAUGACCGGCGAACACUUUGGGCUGAAGCUGCAAGAGUACCUGGAAAUCCCCGGCAAUGCUGAGAAACACGGCUUGAUCGAGAAGAGCGACAAGACGGACAAGCUUAGCAGCAGAGACAAGGCAAAGAGAGUUGCACCCGGCCUUCACAAGAUCGAGGCGAACCCUGAGAAGUCCAAGAACCUAGAAACCGCAACAACAAACAUCAUGGGCAUCGACUUGGAUCUUGUCAAUCUAAGGAAAGAGACCUACAACGAGAUCUCUCGCAAUCCGCAGAUGGAGUUCGGUACUGCUGAAGAAGAUGCUGUACGUCGAGACGCUACAGUCAACGCCAUGUUCUUCAACUUGCACACAUGUCAGGUAGAAGACUUCACCGGACAAGGCUUCGAUGACAUGGCAGCGAAGAUCAUCAGGACUCCUCUGGAACCUGUUCAGACCUUCAAGGAUGAUCCGCUUCGAGUACUGCGUUUGAUACGCUUUGCUAGCAGGUUGGACUACACUAUCGAACCGGAGACAGAGAAGGCUAUGGCAAAUCCCGAGAUCCAGGACGUCCUCAAGAUCAAGAUCAGUCGAGAGCGCGUAGGCAUCGAGUUAGAAAAAAUGCUGAAGGGUCCUCGACCCCGUAUGGCGCUCGAACUCAUCAACCGAUUCGGCCUCUACAGAACCGUGUUCACAGACCCCACAAGAGAGCUUCCAGCUGAGCCUGACACAAGCUUGUUUCAGCCAGCUUUCGAAUUCGUUGACUCUAUUGUCCACGGCGGCUCCAAGACUUCAGUCAUCGCAGACCACCUUCUUCGCAAUGCGGACGAGCAGUACCUCGCAUGGAUCUGCGCAACCAUGAUACCAUGGGCUGACGCGCCUACCGUUCCCCAUCAGAAGCCUCUGCAGCGGCCUUACUUCUCUGCUUAUCUUGUCGCUCGUGAAGGCUUCAAAGCUCCAAACAAAGUCUGCGAUGUCGUUGCUGCUUCGCUAAGUAGCAGCGAGGAGAUUCGCAAUCUAGUGGCGCAAUGUGCACGGGGCCUGCAAAGACCAGACACUAUCAAUCCCUUAAGCGAUGCGACUGCUCGAGACACAUUGGGUAUGGCCAUUCGCCGUUGGGGCUCGACAUGGAGGACACAAGUUCUGUUCAACUUGAUCUACGAGGUUGUGCUCGGCAACACAUCGCAGGAGCAACUGCUCCGCUCAUACUCCUCAUUCCUUUCGCACCUCGCCAAGCUCGAGAUCCUUGACGCAGACACUUUCAAGCCCCUCCUCAAAGGCACUGACCUCGCCAAAGCCCUCUCCAUCAAGCCGGGCCCUUGGAUGAAGGACGCUCUCGACAUAGUUAUGGCUUGGCAACUUCGCGAACCUUCUACUACUGACCCGGCCGAAGCCAUUGAGGCCGUCAAAAAGGCCAGAGAGAGUGACAGUGAGCUUCCCCAACGCCUCGCCUCGCACUUCCUCAAGCUUACCAUCCCACCUUUCUUUCCACAGACUAAGUCGACGAACACAUUCGAAGUAUCGCAAAAGCCCGCUCUGUGGAAAGACCCCCACAAUGAGUUCGUCCUAUGUCUGUUGGGUUGGUCAAUUAGCGCGCUCGAUCGAAAGGCAAUAGAACAGAACUGGCAUCUACUAGUCCCACCCACCCUAAAGAUACUUGAUGACACGGAGGCCAAAUCUAAAGCAAGAGGAUGCCAGCUCCUCUCUCAACUACUCCUGACCCUGGAGCUCGGAACAGAAAGGGAGUCCGAUACGCCCAGCAGCUCCUCAAGAUUCAACUCCGGCUUCGCCACGCAAACAUCCGCAGCCUUCCUCGCCCGCACAGGCUACCACGAAGUAUUCGCCUCCACUCUCUGGCCUCUACUAACGUACAUCCCCUCCUUAACUCCCGAAGCCGAGUCUGUCACGAUCUUCAAAUAUGUCUACAAUCCAUUGAGUUCUCUCGCGGUGCUAUCCACAACACCCGAUAAAAGAAACAAAUUCCUGGACAAGCUCAUGCGCGAAGGCGUCCUCGCACCUCUGUCACACUUCCCCACGCCUUCCACAUAUCCCAGUCUUGCGCGUCAGAUCCUGCAUCAGAUCGGCGAGAUCGCGACCCUCCUCGAAAUUGAGACCGUCAAGCAUCUUCCUAGCCUCAUUCCUUUACUUACGAGCAUCAUGCACGACCCCUUCAUUCUGAGCCACAAGGAACUCACCCUUGCAGCCGUAGUGGCAAUGCAGGCUUUGGUUCAGACUUGCUGGCCGAGGAUCCCAGCACAUAGAGGAGCAAUUACACUGGGGUUAUGUGUUUUGAAGGGUCGCAUUGACGAAGAGAUCGGCGGUGAAGAGAAAGCAGACGAAGAGAACCGUGACUGGGUUCUCAUAAGGACUAUCCGCGAAGAGCUAAGGGACACGGCGGAGUGUCUGGACGCGGCGCUGAGCCAGAGUGAGGUCAAGGACGAGUGGGAGAUGGAGAAGAGGGAGUUGGCGGAGGCGGAUGGGGGGUUGGUGGGGUUCUUUGAGGAGAAGGCUGUCGAGUAGAUUCAAUGCAUAGUUGUCAUAUUUCGAGAUCCAGUUCUAGCAGUGCAAGGGCAUGGUCUGAAGCUUUAUUUCUUGUGAUUACAAAAAUGGUAUAUGCGCAAUAUCUGGCUCUGGAGCGUGCGCAAGGGUCUAGCUUUGAAGACUUGGUGGUGCUUUUCGCGUUGUAACGGUGUUGAUGCUGGCCAUUAUUCGUAUCUUGUUAUGCAGAUGGAAAUGAGAACGCCGAUAGAUGCAGAUGUGAUAUAAGACGCCGAAGCAUGUUU